AAUAACAAACUCAUUCAAAUUGUGAUAAGAACCCGGGAGCACAGAAUUUGUUAGCGAAUGUAUAAAAUCAAGUAAAUCUUUUCAAACCAAUUUAGUUUGUUUUCAAACGGUGAAACGGAAAUUAUUAUUCAGACAAAUUAGUUCCUUUUUUUUAAUAUGAAUAAAUUCAUUACUUUAUUAUUGGCCUCUUUGGCAGUUUUGUGUUUAAGCCAUCAAUUGGAGGCCGCUAAUGUGCCCUUAGCACCCAUGCCCCAACAAGAAACUGGAGUUAAAGAGAGAAAUAUACAACUUGUACAAGACAUUAAAGCCUUUAUCAAGCAACAUCCACAAUUGCAGUUAAUACGUCUGAAUAAAAAGACUCCAGAGAAUCAUCGCUCACAAUCGGUCAAAUACACUUUAGGCAAUCGAGUGUCAGGUGACCGCAUGGUGGGACAAUAUGCUGAUACAUUCUUUUAUCCCGCCAGAAAAGAUGUUUCUACACAGGUGACUUAUCCCGAAACCGGUACCGGUAGUGUGGUUACAUCCGUCGAUAUCAAUUGUUUGCAAGAUAAUACCGAUGGCAAUGCUUAUGUGGUGGCCGGUGGUAUUGGUCAGCGUUUCAUUUCCAUUGUUUUGGAGGCAACACAAACUGAACGUUUUUCUUAUAAUAUUCAUAUUUAUGGUUCAGAUUAAGUUAUGAAAUAAACAAUUAAUUGUAGGAAUAA